AUAGCGGAGGAAGUCGUACUGGGCUUCCUCGAGAAUGAUGAGAUCUCAGACUCAGGUGAGUUUGCUUCCGAACGUGGAAUUGAUCAUCAAGAACUCACCAACAUCAUCAAGAGCCUUCAUGGUUUCAGAUUUGUCAAUGCUCAGGACAUUAAGAGGGAGAGAUGGGUACUUACUGAGGAAGGAAGAACAUAUGUUGCUGCUGGAUCACCUGAAGUACAAGUUUUCUUGGCCAUACCACCAGAGGGUAUUUCACCGGAAGAAUUGCAGAGGAAAAUGGACCCAGCGGUUUUCAAAAUAGGUCGCUCACAAGCGAUAAAGAAUCAAUGGUUGGAGAUGGGAAAGCAAUUAGUCACCAAAAAGGUUCAAAAUGUGCAAGAUAACGUUAAAGAUAUGCUUACACGGGUACAAAAUGGAGAGGUCAUUGACCCAAAAGAAAUUGAUGCUCUUAAACGGCGAAAGCUCAUUGCUCCACAGAUGUGGAAGGGCUACUCGGCAAGGAAAGGUCCUAACUAUGCUCCAAAAAGGAAAAAAUUUGCCACCGAUUUGACUCGAGAUAAUCUGCAAAGAGGUGAUUGGAAGGAUAUGGAAUUCAAGGAAUAUAACUUCAGUGCUAAAGGUCAGCCUAUUGAAGGUGGCCAUCUCCAUGCAUUGCUCAAGGUACGACAACAAUUCAAGAUGAUUUUUCUUCAGAUGGGAUUUGAGGAGAUGCCCACGAACAAUUUUGUUGAAAGCAGGUAACUUAUCUUUCCCCUCCCAAACACACAUUAAUGUGUAUAAUUGGUUUUUUUUUUUUCUUUUUUUCCAGGUAAC